AUGCCCUACGAACUGACUGUUAUUCCUGUUUGUGAAGAUUUAGUUCUAACCAGUAAUCAAACUGAUGAAAAUCUUAAGGAAGAAGGUAAUCGCUUGUUCAAAAUCAAACAAUAUGAAAAUGCAAUUCAGUGUUAUAGUAUAGCAAUUAUAAAAAACUCAGAGGUCCCUAAGUAUUUCACUAAUCGUGCUUUGUGCUACAUUAAAUUAAAUCAAUGGGAUAAAGCAUAUACAGAUUGUUGUCGUGCAUUAGAAAUUGACCCAAGUAUUGAAAAAGCAUAUUUUUUUCAGGGAAUAGCACUAAUUGAAUUGAGAAAUUAUGAUGAAGCCAUAAACAAUUUACUGAAAGCUCAUACUCUUAUAAAGGAAAAGAAAAUUAACUAUGGUGAUGAAUUAACAAGUCAACUUAGAAAAGCUUAUAGACAGAAACAGGAGAAACAAAAUAAAGUGAGACAGAAUCAACAAACAACUCUUUUGUCAUACUUGCAAAAACUACUAAAGGAUAACAUGAUUCGACAAAUCAGAAGUGUAAAAUCAUCAGACGACUAUAUGAGUGAAGAUUUAGUUAUGAAAAUAAAAAACAAACAUGAGAAAUUUGCUACAGACCUUAAAAUGAUAUUUGUUAUGAAUGAUGAUCAAUUAAAGAAACACGAGUUACCCAGUUAUCUGUGUGGAACCAUAGGUUAUGGUAUUUUAAAAAAUCCUGUUGUCACUCCAUGUGGCUUAAGUUAUGAUCGCAAAGACAUAGAGGAACACUUAAUGAAUAUAGGAAAUUUUGAUCCUGUGUCAUACCAACCUUUGACUGUCGAUCAACUUAUUCCAAAUUUGACUUUAAAAGAAAUAGUCGAAUUAUUUACUAAAGAAAAUGAAUGGGUAAAUAAUUAUUGCAAGACUAAAAUAGACAAAUGA